CAGGCAAAGGCUCACCCGUACUCGUUUCCGACAAGCGCUGUAAAGAUGCUGGAAAAACUGACAGCGGGGUGGGAGACGAGCACAGUCUCAGAUUUGAAGGACUUGUUGGAAGAAGCCCGUCAAUCGAAAUUCGAUUUUGUGACCAUCCCCCUUGUCCAUCCACGCUUCGAGAGGGAUCAUUUGGGUGUCAGCGACGGUCGGAUGGGAACUCUGACAAGAAGCGACAUGGAAGUAGACAGCCGCACGUGGACGACCUGCGUCGUGGGCAAAGUGUCAGAGUGGCUUGACCCCUCCAGCCCAGAUGAGACUGUGCGACUGGCGGCGGAAGCGGGCAUGAAGCAGGAGCUGGCGUGGGCUUCACAUUUAGCCGUCCCGGCGGUACUGAUGCCCCGGCCUCCUCGAACUGAGUGUGCGAACUACGCCCGUUUGCUGAACCAAGUGCUAUCACAGCCUACAAUGUUGC